AUGCACCAACUUGUAGCUGGUGCUUCAGCUGGUGCUUCAGCUGGGGCUUCAGUUGAUGCUUCAGUUGGUGCUUCAGUUGGUGCUUCAGUUGGUGUUUCAUUUGGUGCUUCAGCUGGUGCUGUAGCUGGUGCUGUAGCUGGUGCUUCAGCUGGUGCUGUAGCUGGUGCUGUAGCUGGUGCUUCAGCUGGUGCUGUAUCUGGUGCUUCAGUUGGUGCUGUAGCUGGUGCUGUAGCUGGUGCUUCAGUUGGUGCUUCAGUUUGUGCUUCAGUUGGUGCUUCAGUUGAUGCGUCAGCUGGUGCUUCAGUUGGUGCGUCAGCUGGUGCUUCAGUUGGUGCUUCAGUUGGUGCUGUAGCUGGUGCUUCAGUUGGUGUUUCAUUUGGUGCUUCAGCUGGUGCUUCAGUUGGUGCUGUAGCUGGUGCUUCAGUUGGUGCUGUAGCUGGUGCUUCAGUUGAUGUUUCAUUUGGUGCUUCAGUUGGUGCUUCAGUUGGUACUGUAGCUGGUGCUUCAGUUGGUGCUGUAGCUGGUGCUUCAGUUGGUGUUUCAUUUGGUGCUUCAGUUGGUGCUUCAGUUGGUGCUGUAGCUGGUGCUUCAGUUGGUGCUGUAGCUGGUCCUUCAGUUGGUGUUUCAUUUGGUGCUUCAGUUGGUGCUGUAGCUGGUGCUUCAGUUGGUGCUGUAGCUGGUGCUUCAGUUGGUGCUGUAGCUGGUGCUUCAGGUGGUGCUGUAACUAGUGCUUCAGCUGGUGCUUCAAUUGGUGCUUCAGUUGAUGUUUCAGUUGGUGCUUCAGUUGGUGCUUCAGUUGAUGCUGUAGCUGGUGCUUCAGCUGGUGCUUCAGUUGGUGCUUCAGCUGGUGCUUCAGUUAGUGUUUCAGCUGGUGCUUAA